AGAGCAUGGAAUCCUUCCACUGGAUUUGAGGAGGCUUGUUUUGAGUCCGUAUUCGGUAUUUCCGAUUGAUGUUUUUGACUGACUGAUCCACGCCUUUUCAAUGGCGGUUUCGGUGAGAAUAUGAGCAGAGCAGAGCUGCAGGAAGGCUGCGGAAUUGAGCUGUGUGCAGACGGAGGAGAAACAUGGCGAAAUCAGCUGUAUCGUGCUUGAGGAUAAUCGCCUGCGGCAGCGAUUCCGUCAACGACGAUCGUGAAUCGCCGCCUGAGAUCAAGUCUUCUUCAAGUGGCCGCCGUGGAUGGAGUUUUCGGAAGAGAUCUGCUCGGCACAGAGUGUUGAACAACUCUGUGGUAUCCGAAAUACCUUCUUUCGAAAAUAAAGAACACCAUGAAUCCACUGCUCCCAACUUCCAGGUGCAGCCUAAUUCGACAUUGCUGGAUAAUACAUCUGCAGUUCAAGGGACACAUGAGAUGAAUGAGUUGCAACCUAAAACAGUUGUAACAACAGUUGACGGCGACAGUAUUAUCGUAAUUCAAACAGCUAUUAGGGGAUAUCUGGCCCAACAAGUUCUAUUGAAGCAGAAGCAUGCCAUUAAAUUGCAAGCUGUUGUUCGAGGACAUUUAGUUCGAAGACAUGCUGUUGGAACUCUUCGAUGCAUUCAAGCCAUUAGCAGAAUGCAAACUCUUGUAAGACUGCGUUGGAGCCGUCUCCUUGAAGAAGAAUCAAGCACUUCUGAGCAUCAGAAUGGAGACAGUGGACAAAAUUCUCUCAACCCAGUGAUCUUGAAGAGCAGAGGAACAGCAGAGGCAAAUUCAAUGUGUACUACUAAUGAUGAUAAUAAUAAUACUUCCAUUGAGAAGAUACUUAGCAAUAAAUUUGCUCGUCAGCUUAUGGAAUCAACACCAAGGACUCAAUCUCUAGGAAUUAGAUGUGACCCUUUGAAAUCUGACACUGCCUGGAAAUGGCUUGAGAGAUGGAUGUCGGUUUCGUCGAAGGUUGCCGGUGAACCACCACCGGAGACUGAAGACUCCGAAGGCAGUGGGAGAAUCUCAGGUCAAUCCGAACAUAAUGAUUCAGACAAGUUUGAGCUACGGUCAUCGGUUAUGAGCUCGUUAAGUCACCCGAAGCUGCCAAUAAUUGAUGAAUCUGCUGGAUAUGAUAUAAAGCAGCAGCCUGAUCCUACUGGGAUGAAAGAAAAGGUUCUGGUAUCAGAUGUCGACACAGAAACUCUCCCGGAAAAUGCGGCUGAGCAGGAAUGCAGACCUGAUCGGGGACAUCUUGUCGCCGAGCUGCCUGAAACUGAGAAAUUUUCACUGCAAGGAAGCAGCCCCACUUCUUGUGCCGCUCCAUCGUCAAAACAUGACGAACUGAGUUCAGACACAACAUCUUCGAAUAAGAUAGCUCCUGCUUCAAAUAAUUCAGCUAUUCAAGUUUCUCGACCUGAAUGUGGCACCGAACUUUCCAUUUCUUCUACUCUCGACUCAACAGAUGUACCGAAGAGUGGAGCCAUUGCCCUCCCACAGGAAUCUGAAGUUUUAGAUACGACAGACCAUCCCGGAGGCAGAGGCCGUUCAGGGCAUGUAAUCGAUGAUAGUAAUUCCUACACAUUAGGAACUGAAUUAUCGUAUCCCUCCACGAAUGAGUUGGAGAGCCACAAAGGCACCGAGUCAGUCUCAGGUGAAUGUACUAACCCUUUAGUGGCUGCAGACUCACCACAGUUCAAAAAGCUCGAAUCAGAUCAACACAAGCUUCAUGAGAAUACCAAAUCCGAUGUACGCCCCUCAGUGCACAAGUCAUCACCUGAAACUUCUCCAAUUAGCCUUAAAAGAGUCACGGAAUCUCCGGUAACACCUUCUGGACAGAUGUCACCUGAACCUGAGAAAAGCACGGGCAGCAGCAAUAAGCAAGAGGCCAAACACAGGAACACCAGAGGCGCAAUACCAAAGGAUCGUAAAACGGGAAUGAGGCGCAACUCCUUUGGUUCAGCAAUGCCUGCUCGUGAUGAGCAUCAGGACCGGAGACACAGCAGCGGCAGUAUUUCUCGACCAAGUUAUAUGCAGGCAACUGAAUCAGCAAGAGCUAAAGCAAUAGCUAAUGGAUCUCCAAGAUCAAGUCCGGAUGUGCAACACAACAAUAUCCACAUUAAAAGUAGGAGUUCGCCGCCCAGUACAAAUGAGAAACAAGGUUCUCCUAAUGUCCGGCGUUCUCUAUCUCUUGCCCAGCAGAAUUCAAAAGCGAUUGGAGCGCAAUCUCCUCAAGAGAGGAAGUGGCGGGUAUGAAAACCGAGUCUCACAAUCAAAACUGAUGACACUGAAGGGGUUCUAGAUGGAUAUUUGGCUCUCUCGACUUCUUUUAUGAUUUGUGUUGUGCAUUGUUUCCAUGCAGCCUAUGCAUCAUCUACAGCAUUCUUUUUUUCUUCAUGUAAAGACAAUAAGAUUGCAUGUAAACUACCACAUUGUUAAUUCUUGCAUUUUCGUCUCA